AUCCCUGCACAGUUGGGCAACCGCGUCUGCGUGCCGCCAGGUCGCGGCCUCCCGUCCAGUAGGCGGUGCUGCCCGCCAAUGCUGGCGGUGUCGGCACUGCUAACUGCUGCAUGUGACAUUGACAUCAACAGAGGCACAAUGAGGCUAACCAGUCUCCUGUCGAUGGCAGUCAGGGUUGUUGUGCCCAAAGACUACCGGUACGGCACCAACAGACCGUGGACGGCGUCUGCUAAAAGGCUGAAUCCUCCGGGGAAGAAGAGGAGAAAGGUGUUUGUGGAGCCGAUAGCACCAGAGGACUGGUCUGUGCUCAGAGGGGACAUGGUCGAGAUUCUGUCAGGGAAGGACAAAGGGAAGCAGGGAAAAGUUAUCCAAGUCUUCAGACACAGAAACUGGGUUAUCCUGGAGGGACUAAACACACAUCACAGGUAUGUCGGACGAACUCAGGAUUAUCGGGGGACCUACAUUGCCAGUGAGGCUCCCAUCCUGCUGCACAAUGUCACCCUCAUUGACCCCUCCGACAGGAAGCCCACUGAAGUAGAGUGGAAAUUCACAGAGGAGGGUGAGAGAGUCCGUGUGUCUGUCAGGACAGGUCGAAUUAUUCCUAAGCCUGUUGUGGAGCGACGAGAUGGUAUUGUGCCAGAGCAGUGGAAAGAUGGUCCCAAAGACACCAGUCCUGAAGACACUCUAGAAAAGACCUAUGUACCAUCUCUGAAAACCCUGGAGGAAGAGGUCAUGGAGAAACUGGGUAUUCAGGAGAACAGGCACCAUCGAAGGUCCUACUGGUACUGACCAGAGAAAUCAGAGACACUAACGCCCGCCAUCGUGUUACCCAGAUUUCACAGCAACUCUGAAGAUACCUUGUUUUCGUGGGAGUCAUGCUGACGGACAUAUCAAAAAGACACCAUGUCAUGAUUGCAUGAGUAAGCCUUUUGGACGGUGCAACUGGUGCAACAUACAAACUAUUAUGGAAAUGAUACCGUUUGUAAAAAUGCUUUGAGGUGAAACAGAUGUGCAAACAAAGCUGAUAACAGAUGUGCAACUUAUAUGUUUCCUGAAUCAUUCUCUAUUUACAGAGGUAUCCAUUUGUCUCUUCAUGUUAUAAUCAAUAAAUGUAACAUUAAACCCGUCAUUUCAA